ACAACAAUAAAUUAUCACAUUCCAAACAUAUAAGGACAAACGUUACUACAAAAUCCACCCCACUACACCAAUGGCUUCUACAAAUCCACUACUCCUUAUCCUUUCAUUUUCUUUCCUUUACCUCUUCAUCAACGUCGCCACCGUGCCCGUCGUCGCAGUUGGUGGAAGUUGGUCACUUGUCCAAAAAAACAUAGGCAUAUCCGCCAUGCACAUGCAACUUCUCCCAUCUGACCGAGUGAUCAUUUUCGACCGAACAGACUUUGGUCCAUCCAAUAUUUCACUCCCGGAUGGUAAAUGUCGUGAAGAUCCACAUGAAUUAGUUUUGAAGAAAGAUUGUACGGCUCAUUCUAUAGUAUACGAUGUCGUAUUGAACUCCAUUCGGCCACUUAUGGUUCUCACGGAUGUGUGGUGUUCCUCUGGUGCUUUAAUGAAGGAUGGUAGUUUAAUUCAAACUGGUGGGUUUAAUGAUGGUGAUCAUGUGGUUAGGGUGUUUAAUAAUACUUGUAGUAGUAGUAGUAGUAAAUGUGAUUGGGAAGAGAUUAACUCUGGAUUAGUGAAUCGUAGAUGGUAUGCUACUAAUCAUAUAUUACCGGACGGUAAACAAAUUGUGAUAGGAGGUCGCAGACAAUUUAACUACGAGUUUUAUCCUAAACAAAUGGUGAAUGAAAAAGCUUUUAGUUUGCCCUUUUUAGUACAAACUAAUGAUCAAAAUAUUGAAAAUAACUUGUAUCCAUUUGUGUUUCUUAAUACGGAUGGACAUUUGUUUAUUUUCGCCAAUAACCGUGCUAUUUUGUUUGAUUAUUCAAGGAAUGUGGUUUUGAAAACGUUUCCCGAGAUUCCGGAUGGACAUCCGAGGAAUUAUCCAAGUACGGGUUCAGCUGUUUUGCUGCCCAUGCACGUUGUACAUGGGGAUGUGCCAGCGAUGGAAGUUUUGGUUUGUGGGGGCGCACCCAAAGGUGCAUUUGAGAAAGCUCAAAAUAAGACAUAUGAUGCUGCUUUGGAUAGUUGUGGUCGUAUUAGAAUAUCUGACCCAAAUCCAAAAUGGGUUAUGGAAACUAUGCCUUUGCGUCGGGUUAUGGGUGAUAUGGUAUUGUUACCAAAUGGAGAUGUUUUAAUAAUUAAUGGUGGGGCAAGUGGGACCGCUGGUUGGGAAUAUGGGAGGAAUCCGGUUUUCAAUCCUGUAAUUUACCGACCUUGUUACCCGAUUAACUCUCGUUUUGAGGUGCAAAAUCCAAGCACCAUACCCCGAAUGUACCAUUCGACUGCAAUUUUGGUUCGAGAUGGGAGAAUUUUGGUUGGGGGAAGUAAUCCUCACGUGUAUUAUAAUUUCACGAACGUAUUUUUUCCUACUGAAUUAAGUUUGGAGGCUUUUUCACCAUCAUAUUUGGACUCAAGUUCAUUUGGAGUUCGACCCACAAUCAUUUCACCAAAGACCCAUACUAGUAUUAAAUAUGGUGAACACAUAUUUGUUCGGUUCACAAUCCAAAACCAGGUGGAUAUGAAUCGAGUUGCGGUGACAAUGGUGCCACCCUCAUUUAACACGCACUCGUUUUCGAUGAACCAAAGGUUGUUGGUUCUUGAAAGCGGCAAUACCACAAACAGUGUCGGGAAAUCUACAUACGAGGUUAACAUAACAGCACCAAUGUCCGGCAUCAUUGCACCACCCGGGUAUUAUAUGCUAUUUGUAGUACAUCAAAAAAUCCCAAGUGAAGGCAUUUGGAUCGUCAUGCAUUGAGCCAUAAAAGGAUACGUUAUAAAGAAUUUGAACCCGUGAAUGCACAUACUAAAUCCUUCGAAGAAUUCACAGGACCGCAAGUUUAUUAAUCCUAUCAUUGUAUGCAAACUUGGAUGAUUUCAAAGCACCCGUUGACGAAUCCAAAAAGCGAUUGUGGUAGCAGCGACCGGUGGCGGCUUCGAUCGCGAUAGUGUAGGUUAUUAAUGCAAAAAUAUUAGUAGUUUAGUUUUUACAAGAGUUGAGGCUUAUUUCAUUAAUGGUAUUUUUGAUUAACCAUGUAUGUUAGGUGAUAAGUUUUUCGAAUA